GUGAACACAAUGUUUUUUACUUUCCAGGUACAGUCUACGCCAUCCUCAUGAAACCCUAAAUUCUCCCCCAAAAACCUUAAACCCUAAUUUCAGUUCCUGAGCAAUUAUAGGUUUGAGGGUCCAAGCAACCUGUAAAUUACUCAAAAUGGCGUUAAUGGAUAUGGCAGCAACUAUGAUUUUCACCGAUUGUUCAUCAUCAUCAUCUUCUUCUUCAACAGCUCGGCUUCUCCACUUCACGAGCACCAAAGUUCAGAAGCUUCCGAACACCAUUUCCCGAUUUCACCGCUCAAAUUCCCUUCAAUUUGGAAUCUCUAACCCUAGAUUUUCCAGAACCAUCAUCACUCACUGUUCAUCGUCAUCUAUCAGCGCCAUAGAGUUAAACAACGAGGCCUCUGCAACGGUUAUUGACGGAAAGCGUGUUGCAAAAGACAUACGAGAAGAAGUUGCUGUUGAAAUAUCGAGAAUGAAGGAUGAAAUAGGAAUUGUCCCCGGGUUGGCAGUUAUUCUUGUUGGGGAUAGGAAGGAUUCAGCAACUUAUGUACGUAACAAGAAGAAAGCUUGUGACUCUGUCGGGAUUAAUUCUUAUGAAGUACGGUUAGCUGAAGAUUCCUCUGAAGAAGAAGUUCUUAAGCACAUUUCGAAGUUCAAUGACGACCCUUCUGUUCAUGGAAUACUUGUCCAGCUACCUUUGCCUUCGCAUAUGAAUGAGCAGAACAUCUUGAAUGCUGUUUGCAUCGAGAAAGACGUUGACGGAUUCCACCCUUUGAAUAUCGGUCGUCUAGCCAUGCGUGGGAGAGAACCGUUGUUUGUUCCUUGCACACCAAAAGGGUGCAUAGAGUUGUUGCAUAGAUAUGACAUCCCUAUCAAAGGGAAGAGGGCAGUCGUGAUUGGCAGGAGCAACAUUGUCGGAAUGCCUGCUGCUCUCUUACUUCAAAGAGAAGAUGCUACCGUAAGUAUUGUUCACUCAAGAACGAAGAAUCCCGAGGAGAUCACUAGACAAGCCGAUAUCGUCAUAUCAGCAGUCGGGCAACCGAAUAUGGUCAGGGGCAGUUGGGUGAAACCUGGCGCAGUUAUAAUUGAUGUCGGAAUCAAUCCAGUUGAGGAUCCUGAAAGCCCGAGAGGAUAUCGAUUAGUUGGCGAUAUUUGUUAUGAAGAAGCAAGCAAAGUUGCUUCAGCAAUCACUCCAGUUCCUGGGGGUGUUGGCCCAAUGACCAUAGCUAUGCUUCUUUCCAACACUCUUUUAUCUGCUAAAAGAGUUCAUAACUUCAGGUAACUUUUCUUCAACUAUUUUACGUCACGCGAAGAUGGUAACUUUAUCCAAACGAUUUUCGGGCGUCUAGUGCCGUGCCGGCUUUAGAAACAUUUUUCCUAAAAUGCCCUUUCGAUAGUAUGAUGCUAGAGAGAUGAAGAGAUGUGUAAUCUCGUUUUGGUUUCGCUUUAAAGAUUCGAUAGAUUUGCUAUUUUGGCAUCUGAGUUUGCUUGAAAAGCGUUGGGGGUAGUUUCGUAAUUUACAC